AUGGCACCUCAAGUACUCUAUCGCGUAAUCUAUGGUACUCCUGAACCAGAACCUUGGCAAGCGGAGCGAGUUACCAUUCGCCCUGCCGUCCUCCAUGAAUAUCGUCGACAACGAGUCAAGCAUGCGGAUUUCCCUGCCAUCGUUCCUAAGCCUUCCACAACGGUCAGGGGUGCCUUUAUCACAGGACUUACCGAUGAAGACGUCGCCUGUCUGGAUAUGUUCGAAGGUGUAAUGUACAAACGACAGAAGGUCAAAGUGAAGCUCCUGAAGGAUGUGAAGUUGGGAGACAACAUCCCGGACUCGAAACUGGCAAAAGCAGAGGGAGAAGAAGUAGAAGCAGAGACGUAUGUCUGGAGAUGGCCUGUGGAGGACUUGGAGGACAAGGAAUGGGACUUUGAGCAUUUUAAGAAAAGAAAACUGAAAGCGUGGGCAGGAAUGGUAACUGAUCCAAAUACCAGUGUUGACGAAGGCUUUGCCGACGUGGAUGCAUAUUGUGCUGCUGUAGCAACUUCAACGAGGGGCGGCCUGAGUGGUGGUCGUGGCACAGGUGGACGAGGCAGCGGUGGUCGCGGCACGGCCAAUCGAAGUAUGCUUGAUCGAGAGGCAGGUGGCCGAGGCACGGGUGGUCAACCUAUGGAAGGUCAAGGUGGGAGUGUUAAAGGCACAACUCAACGGGGGGUAGGUAAUCAGGCUCCUCGUGGUCGUGGUCAAGGCGCGGGUGUUUCGAUGACAGGUUAG